CUUUGACAGUUCAGCUGUUUCUGCCGAUGUUAAACAAACGAACAAGUGUUUUUCAAAACACCAAAAUAAGACUUAUUUCUACCUCCGGUUUGUGGUUAAAUCUGAUACAGGUCAAUCGAGCUAACUGUGGGAAGCCUGUAAAGUGCCACCACUGGUGGUAGCUUUGUGAUUGUUUUCCAAAGGAAUCUUCAUGUCUGUUGUACAUGAGCUGCAGCUAUCGUGGUGCUGAGGAAGCCAUUCUCAUUAGAACGCAAAAGGGAGCGUUCUUUGAUAUACUUUGUGUUGCCUUCAUUGAAUCAUCACUGCACGAGUACGAUCAUUCACAGUAGGUUAUGGAUAUUCAGCGAGCAAUGAAUUCAAUGCACACGCGUUUGAAGCUGGUAGCAUUCGUCCAUUUCAUUCUGAUAGUGCUUGCACUCGGAAGCGCUUGGUUGCCAUCCGCUUAUCUGUUCUACAACCUGCUCUACAUGGUAGCACUGUUCUGGGCAAUACAUUGCCGCGAAUCAAUCGACGCUGUCCAAAUCUGUGCCGUCAUUAAUGGGUUUAGCUUUUUCUUCGAUCUGAUGGGUAUCAUCUCGUACUUUCCGUCGCACGGUAUCUUUUCCGCCGUGUUCGCCAUACUCAAUCUCGUUAUCCGGCCGUUUAGCUUGCUGUUGUUGCAGCGUGAACUUUCUGACCGUGGCGGAAGCUUUGACCUCGGGUACGAUGGUACGGGCGGCGUUGGUGAACACCCGACCAGUUACGAGGAUAUCGAUGCACCGCACCAACAGACACCGUCACACGGGCAGGUCAAUGUUAAUAUGUUCAAGUAAACCCCAUCCCAUCCACCUUCGCCCACCGUGUCACGAACGAAUCUCGAUCGCACUUUUCUAUAAUGAAACAAUGAAUCUUAUUUGUGUUUUAUCGCUCAAACACCGUGCCAGGUGCGUAAAAGGAAGUACGGUACGCGUUAAUUUCACUGUUCCAUCCCCGCAUACCAUCCCACGUGUAAUGUUAGUUCCAUCUAAAUGAUUUUAUUCAUAUGCGGCUGAGUUACAAAAUUGUGAACAUUAUACAAUUGAAUCAAAAUUUUCAAAAACCUUUCUCGAACGGUUCACAAUCUCCUUUGAGUUGGCCGGUUGCAAAUGCUCACUGUCGGCAGUUAAAACUAUUUCAUAUUUAAUUUUGAUACUCUAUUAAUGUAUAUGGAGCUAAGUAAGAAUUUCUUCUACUUUUUCUACUCUACUUAUCAGGUUUUAACACAGUUUGUUGUGAGCAAUUGGUUUUGUUUUUAAUAAUAUGCCAUUUUAUUAACUAAAGUUGUUAUUGUUGUGCAAAGAUGUUUUCCAAACAUUAUAGAUAUUUUAAGUUAACGGAUAUUAAUUUGGAUAAAACAACUAGCACUGCAGUGUCGCGUAAUAUAUUGAUAAAUGCAGAGAUAUUUUCGAAUGGGUGCAAGAACAGAUUUUAAAAGAACCGCCGGCCGUAAGGUCAGCAAUGGGUAUCACAAGGAAGUCAAUCUCGUCUGGAUAAAGCACUGUAAUUAUAUCUAGAUUAAGACGAUAAAACCCUUAUUUCUCGAUACGUCGAUUUAACAAAAAAACAACAACUAGUAAUUAAUUUCCAUCCGAAAUUUUUUUUCUUUUGAACAUUGUAAUGCAUGCAUAGUGUGUCGAAGAAAAUGAAUCUUUACUAUAAGUCCCGAAUUCGUGAGUUUUAACUUGUAACAUGUAAUAACAGUUCAUUCCUUUCCAUUAUUGUGGAUUGCCUUAGAACUCGAUGAAAUGUUUAGUAAAUCGUCUCGGUCCAUAGAUGCACUUGGGCUUCUGGUAACAGGGUGGCCGCUCAACCGGGAAAUCAGAAAAACCGGAAAUUAGCCGGGAAUUUUUUUAGACUGGGAAAAAACUGGAAAUUUCUCUGGAAAAUCAGGAAAAUUUUAUUUCAUGUAACACCGUAUUUAUCGUCAAAGUGUACAAUUAGAAGAGUUUUUUUAGUUCAAAGAGAACGGCCUGGCCAUUUUUGCUGAAGAAUAUUUUCAAUCACCAUGAAUGUUGAAUGUUGUUUAUUAUUCGGGUAUGGUGUGCGUUCACGUUCUUCCCAGCACACAUAUCUUGUCUUCUUCUGUCUCUUUACGUUGGAAGCCACAAAUGAUGUGCACACGUCGAGCUGCUGGCGCUUCCGCAGUUCGCUCGUUACUCCUUUGUUUUUACGAGGUUUUGCACUAGCCCGCAUCGAUUCUACUUUAGCGUACCGGAUGAAUCUGGCGGUCAGUUACAUACCAGAAAGAAUUUGACUUUUCGAAUAAGAUCAGCAACA